CAUCUUGGGGCGUUUUGCAAAUAUCUAAAACGUUCCGGUAAAUUGUAUGUCAGUUAUUAUACAAAACUUGAUGACGUUAUAAUGAUUCUUUUCCUUUUUUUUUGCCUUUUUUUCUGCAUUAAACUGAGCUAUUUAUCUGCGGCUUAAUAGUCUACUGGUAAUUUUUGAAAAAUGACUAAAGGCUUGCCUAAAAUUGCUGAUGUCGAGAAAGAGUCUGAGUAUGGGUUCGUUUUUGCUGUAUCAGGACCCGUGGUUACAGCUGAGAAAAUGUCAGGAGCUGCUAUGUAUGAAUUGGUUCGAGUUGGCCACUCGGAACUAGUUGGUGAAAUCAUUCGAUUAGAAGGUGAAAUGGCAACUAUUCAAGUCUAUGAAGAAACAUCUGGUGUCACUGUUGGUGAUCCAGUACUUCGGACAGGUAAACCUCUGUCUGUUGAAUUAGGGCCUGGUAUCAUGGGCAGUAUAUUUGAUGGUAUUCAGCGGCCUUUGAAAGACAUUAAUGAAAUAACUCAAAGCAUCUAUAUACCAAGAGGUGUAAAUAUUCCUGCCUUAAGCAAAGAUGUUUCAUGGGAAUUCACUCCAGUUGGUUAUAAAGUUGGCAGCCAUAUCACUGGUGGAGAUAUUUAUGGAAUAGUUCGUGAAAAUACUCUAAUAAAGCACAAAAUUAUGUUGCCACCCAAAGCUUUAGGUCGUGUUGUAUACAUUGCAGAACCAGGAAAUUAUACCGUUGAUGAUAUUAUAUUAGAAACAGAGUUUGAUGGUGAAAAGUCACAAUUUUCCAUGCUCCAAGUAUGGCCUGUCAGGCAGCUUCGUCCUGUUACAGAAAAGCUUGCUGCUAACCAUCCACUACUGACUGGUCAACGUGUUCUUGAUGCACUGUUUCCCUGUGUUCAGGGUGGAACCACAGCAAUUCCAGGUGCUUUUGGUUGUGGUAAAACUGUUAUUUCACAGUCCUUAUCUAAAUUUUCAAAUAGUGAUGUCAUUAUAUAUGUUGGUUGUGGAGAGAGAGGAAAUGAAAUGUCUGAAGUACUUCGAGACUUUCCGGAGUUGACAGUAGAAAUUGAAGGAAAUGUUGAAUCUAUAAUGAAACGUACUGCACUUGUUGCCAAUACCUCAAACAUGCCUGUGGCUGCAAGAGAAGCAUCUAUUUAUACAGGUAUCACGUUGUCUGAAUAUUUUCGUGAUAUGGGAUAUAAUGUUUCAAUGAUGGCUGAUUCUACCUCUCGAUGGGCUGAAGCUCUUAGAGAAAUCUCUGGACGUCUGGCUGAAAUGCCUGCAGAUUCUGGUUAUCCUGCAUAUCUUGGAGCUCGAUUAGCAUCUUUCUAUGAACGAGCUGGUAGAGUUAAAUGCCUUGGUAAUCCUGAACGUGAAGGAAGUGUGACUAUAGUUGGAGCUGUAUCUCCUCCUGGUGGUGAUUUCUCUGAUCCUGUGACAUCAGCAACUCUUGGUAUUGUGCAAGUGUUUUGGGGUUUAGAUAAAAAAUUAGCACAAAGGAAGCAUUUCCCUUCCAUUAAUUGGCUGAUUUCCUACAGUAAAUAUGUCAGAGCAUUAGAUGAGUUUUAUGAUAAAAAUUUCCAAGAUUUCGUGCCACUUCGAACGAAAUGUCAGCAGAUUUUACAAGAGGAGGAAGACUUAUCUGAAAUUGUGCAGUUAGUAGGAAAGGCUUCAUUAGCAGAAACUGAUAAAAUCACACUGGAAGUUGCUAGAUUGCUUAAAGAAGACUUUUUACAGCAGAAUGGUUACACUCCAUAUGACAAAUUUUGUCCGUUUUACAAAACUGUUGGCAUGAUGAGAAACAUGAUGGCAUUUUAUGACCUUGCAUUCAAUGCAGUUCAGUCCACAGCACAAAGUGAGAAUCGUAUAACUUGGAAUGUUAUCAGAGAAGCACUGGAUCCUAUUAUUUAUGAACUUACGAAAAUGAAAUUUCUGAAUCCUGUCGAGUUAGGUGAAAAAGAAAUCAAGCGUCGCUUUGAUGAGCUUUAUGAAAAUAUGCAGCAAGCAUUCCGUAAUUUAGAAGACUGAAUUGGGCAUUUUAAUUCAUCGGUGUGUAGUUAGACAUAUGCUAGUCAAGAUAUGUUGAAAAUGCAUUCCAAUAAUAGGGGUGUAUAGCAGAUUUCUGCAUUAAGGGGACAUUAUGUUGUUAUAAACGGACCACUGCCUUGUGAUUGUUAUAUGUGAAUUUAGAUUUAAAGGAAAUUUAAGACUUCAGUAUGUGGCACAGUGUUUGAAUUCAUUAGGAAAUUCUUGAGUACAAAAUUAUUGUUGUUUUUAUUGUAUAUUUGGAAUAAAAGUAGUGCCACAGAAAUGUAAUUAUUAUGAUUAUUUAAAAGCUCAAUUUUUGUUCAUAUGUAUUUAUAUUCAUAAUUCCUUGAAAUCAUUUCUAAAACAGUGAUAUUUAAAUAUAUAUAUUCUUUCUACAAUGAAUAUCUAGCAAUAAGUUUCAAAUUGCAUAUUUUAAAAAUCAACUUUCAUUUAAUUAUUUUAUUACAGAAGUUGGAUAUAAAAAUUUGAUAUUUAUUUCAGAAAGUACUGCACAUAAGUUAUUACAUUUUUACUUUUUCAGUGAAUGAACAAACUAUAAGAUCUGGAUAUGUUAUUCAUUUGAAACAAUUUUAGAUAUUUUAUAUUAAUUUAAAUAUUUAGUCAAGAAUAUCUUUUCUUUAUUUGUUUUGUAUUCAGUUUUUUUUAUUGUGGAUUAAAUGAUAUAUAUAAUGUUUCUUAAGAUAUUAAAAUCAUAAUCAUUGAAACUAGAGAAUUGUGACAUUUUGCUGUUUGUUGAACAUAUUAAGUUAAAUAUAUAUUUAAAACAUACUUAUAAAUACAUAAUGAAUAUAAUGUUUAUUUUUGAUAUUUUCACUUUUUCUUUAGCGUGAACAAAGCUGUUUCUCUCAUCUAGAAUCAUCUAUUUAAUUUUUCUUUUAAUUUUAUAUAAAAAUUAGAUCUGGAUUUGUUGCUAAACAUUGUUUUAGAAAACAGUGUUGCUAACAUUGUUUUACAAAGCAAUGUUUUUCAAGCUCAUGUUCAUAUUUUUUUUCCAGUAAUGUGCAAGUGUUUUACUGUUUGUAAUUUAUGAAAUUUUCUUAUUGAAGAAGGGUAAAAAUUUCAUCUUUGAUUGUAAACUGUUAUGUAAAUUUAUGACUCUUGUGAAAUAAAAGUACUUUAUGAAAGAGCG